AUGUCGUCUGUAGAAUUUUGUGACUCAACUGACGCUAAUGUUCAAAGAGCUCAGGAUGGAUACAAUCAAUUCAAUAUUCUUUGUCCACGAUGUUCCAGUAUUGUCCUUCGCAAGAAUACAGCAAAGCUAGCCAACAAACCACACAACUUGCCCGUGUUUGCUAGAAAAUCGGAAUUAUGCAAUCCCUCCAAAGAAUUCCCUACGGAACUAACUGAAGAAUUCUGGUGUGUUAACGAUAUGUACGCAUUUGAAAAUGUCGGAUUUACAAACACCGUAAGCACAUUUCGUUACCUAACAUGUGCUGAUUGCGAACUUGGGCCAUUGGGUUUCCAUGAUACUCAGGAAGGUCCAACUAAUGCAUAUUAUAUUGCGCUAACCCGUACCACUACUGAAGGUAAAUCAAGCUGCAAAAAAUAAGUACUUAAUAAAGCACUAUCCGGAUGAUGCUGUAUCAAUAGUAUGGUUCGCUUUUGAGAAGAAAUUCUACUUACUUAACGUUCACCAGUGUAUAAUUGUCAGCAGACCAGUCCCAAUACACAAAAUUAAUCAAGUUUUGUAUUACUUACUAUUAGAAGGAUUAUACUUUUAUUCCUGCAAGGAAUCUUUUGUGUUCUUAAUGGCGU